CUCUACGCAACGCAGCCUAACGUUCCUUCCUGCAUCUGUCUAUCUGUCUAUCAGUCAGCCGAGUCCGUCUGUCUGUCUGUCUGUCUGCUCCCGAAUGCCCCAGUGAGGAUCCCGCGAUGCUCCUGGACCUCUACAGCGCACCCUGACCUCAUCCUCUCGGCGCAUCUCAACUUUCAAUCCCAAAUGCAACUUUUGGGACUUUCAUUCCCAGUAUGCAAGUUCUCGACUUUUUCUGAAGCGCCUUUUGUACGCGUGUGGCAUUUCUGACAUCGUGUCGCGAGUGGGGUUAAAAAAGCGCACAGGCGCACGGCUGCUGGAGAGCACUUCACUGGGAGAUGAGAUGAGAUGAGAUGAGAUGAGAUGAGAUGAGAUGAGAUGAGAUGAGGGGGGCUUGAUUCCGAUUCUGAUCUUAACUCUGAUUGAUUACUUAUUAGUCACCCCCUCCCUCCCUCCCUUCUGGAUCCCGGAUCCGUUCAAAAGGCAACGUGGAGCGCAGAAAUGUGCGCAGUGCCGAGCGCGCUGGCGGAGCUCCGAUCCGAACACAAGACUCACUUUUGGUAAACAUGAGGCGCGUGCUGGCGGCUUGUAGACAGUAAUCAGAAGAGCACCGGUACUCGGGUUUUCUUCACGUCGGACUCGGAUCUUCGCCCUGACAGCUGCCGAGAGGAAAAUCUAGAACUUGCGUGCGUCCUUGAACGUCUCCAUAUUUUUUUCCUUUCUGAAUUAUAAUAAUAAUAAUAAUAAAAAAAAAAAACUAAAAACAACACCAAAAUGAAAGUGUGGACUUUUCUGCCGUGGCUCCCCUGCCUCGUUAUCUUAAUCCUGUGCGUCGGGUCGGAGUGCGGCCCCGUGUGGAGGAAAGGCCGGUCCAAACGCGAGCUCGUGAAGCUCCGGGAGGCCCGGGCGAGCGUGCCGGGCGCGUGCGCCACCCGCCUUACACGCGGCAAGCGCUCCGUGCCGGGCCUCGAGCGACGCUUACCCCGCCAACGCCGGCGCGCCUCUGCGUCCGACGAAGGCGAGGACGCAUCGUCCGUCUCCGCCGCGUCCAGCGCGCACGGCCACGCCGUGUACUUUACAGGACGCGGGGACCAGCUGCGCCUCAGACCAGCCGAGGAAAUCCCCAGGGGGAACUUCACGCUAGGGAUGUGGGUGAAGCCCGAAGGAGGACAGCGCUCCCCUGCCGUAAUUGCAGGCCUUUUUGAUAAAUGCUUCUAUGCCUCGAGUGAUCGCGGCUGGCUGCUGGGUAUCAAGACAGUGAGUGAGCAAGGCAAUCGAGACCCUCGCUUCUUUUUCUCUCUCAAGACGGAUCGUGCACAUAAGGUCACCUCCAUCCACUCCAACACCCAGUACCUGCCUGGCCACUGGGCCCACGUGGCGGUCACGUAUGAUGGUAUCUACAUGAGACUGUUUGUGAAUGGUGCUCAGGCUGCUGUUAGCAGAGAACAGUCUGGUGAUGUCUUCUGCUCUCUUACGAAGAAGUGUAAGGUGUUGAUGGUGGGAGGAAAUGCCUUGAACCAUAACUACCGAGGUUCUGUUGAGCGAGUUACUCUGUGGCGUCAAGCCCUCUCUCAGCGCCAAAUCAUAAAGGACAUGCAUGGCCACAAGGACUCACAAUAUCAAGAGGACCUCAUCAUCCGGGAAAACUUUGAGCACCCUGAGCGCAAGUGGCUGGUAGUGAAGGAUGGGAAUUUCCCACAACCAGAUGAAGGGCCUCGGGCUGGGUUGGGCUCUCUGGAUACAACCCUAGAGCCCCCGGCCUGUGGGCAGACCGUGUGCGAUAAUGUUGAAGUUGCCCGCAACUACAACCACUUCUGGAACUUCCGGAGACCCAAGACGGUGCGCUACCGUGUCAUAAAUGUGUACGAUGAUGAGUACCGUAGGCCCACCGUGACUGAUCAGCAGAUCUAUCUGCAGCACCAGGAACUGAACGAAGCCUUUGGCAUGUACAAUAUAACCUGGGAGUUGACAGUUCAUAAUGUUAGUAACUCCACGCUACGGUCUCGUUUAGUUUUAGCCAACUGCGAUAUCAGUAAAGUGGGCGAUGAAGACUGCGAUCCUGAGUGUAACCAUACCCUGACCGGGUUCGAUGCUGGGUACUGCAAGCCGAGAACUCACUGUGCUGAGCAUAAACAAGGGAAUGGCGUAUGCGAUCCAGAAUGCAACUGGGAUAUUUACGCCUAUGAUAAAGAUGACUGCUGCAACCCCAAUAUUACUGACGUCACCAAGACGUGCUUCAAUCCUGCCUCACGUUUAAGGGCCUACCUGGAUGUGAAGGAGUUGAAAGAUAUCCUUAAAGUGGAAGGCUCUACACACCUUAACAUCUUCUUUGCCAAUUCCACUAAUGAGGACCUGGCUGGAGUGGCCACCUGGCCGUGGGACAAGGAGGCCCUGACCCAUCUUGGAGGCAUAGUGUUAAACCCGUCAUUCUACGGAACAUUCGGACACACGCACACUAUGAUCCAUGAAAUCGGCCACAGCCUGGGCUUGUACCACGUCUUCAGGGGCAUUUCAGAGAUCGAGUCCUGCAACGACGCCUGUUUGGAGAUGGAGCCUUCGCUGGAAACAGGAGACUUGUGCGCCGACACAAACCCCACCCCCAAAUACAAGCACUGUCGGGACCCUGAGCCUGGAAAUGAGACGUGUGGCUGCGGCAACUUCAUCCACACACCUUUCAAUAAUUAUAUGAGUUACACAGAUGACACCUGCACGGAUUCGUUUACAGACAACCAAGUGGCCCGAAUGCACUGCUAUUUGGACCUGGUUUAUCAGACAUGGCAGCCCAAUUACAAGCCCCCUCCUGUCCCCAUGGCACCUCGUGUGGUGGAACAGCGUCAGGAUUCGUUGGUGGUGGAGUGGUUCCCUCCAAUCACGGGACACUUUUAUGACAGAGAAGUGGGAUCAGUGUGUGAUAAAUGUGCUGAAGGCCGAGUCCUUCUCCAGUAUGCCUCCAACUCCUGGUCUCCGCGUCCCUGCUUGCCUUCUGGACACUGGAGCCCACGAGAAGCUGAAGGUCCACCAGAUGUGGAGCAAGUGUGUGAGCCAAGUGUUCGUACCUGGAGCCCUCACAAUGGCAUGGAGGUGGGCUUGGUACCACCACCAUGCCCCCUUCAAGGCUGCAUGCUCCAGCUGGAAUUUGCACACCCAGUAGUACCCGAGUCUCUCACUGUCUGGGUGACGUUCUGCUCUUCAGAGGAGACAGCUCUUCCUGCCAUCCACAACAUCAUCCUGCUUUGCGUAAGUGGGCAUAACCUGUCUCUGGGACCCAGCGACGUGUUCUGCGACACGCCUCUGACCAUCAAGCUGGAUGUAAAGGAGAAGGUGUACGGUGUGCAGUUCUUCACCAUGGAGCAGCACCUGGAGAUUGACGCCACUUUGCUCACAUCCAAGCCUGACUGCCCGCUGUGCCAGGAUUGCGAGGAGUUGCGUUUCCGGCUCCUCCGCCAACCGCCGUUCAGUCAUGCUCCAAAAGGCAUUGAGCUCAGUGACUCUGUGCGAAGAUACAUGGACAGGGUCGUGGUGCAUGGCGUGAUGUACACCUACCAGGUUCAGACGAUCUCCAGAUGGGGAGAUAGUGAACCAUCUCCUCCUCUUUCCCACCGCCUCGGAGCUCCAUACUGCGGAGAUGGGAUCAUCCAGAGGUCCCAAGGUGAGCAGUGCGAUGAUAAAAACACCAUAAAUGGGGAUGGCUGCUCGAGUCAAUGUCGGAAAGAAACGUUCUUCAACUGUGUAGAUGAACCCAGCAUAUGCUACAACUAUGAUGGGGAUGGAGUUUGUGAGGACUUUGAACGGGAGACGAGUGUAAGAGACUGUGGUCUGUACACCCCGAGCGGUUUCCUGGAUCAAUGGGCCACGACGGUGGAGACGUCCCAUGAGGAAAGGCUUUACUGCCCAGCUGAGGUGGCAUCCGGAUACCCUGCGAUCACCAAGACCUGCCAGUCUAAAGUGUAUGACUUGUCUCAUGGCAUUUCCCAGUACGCCUGGUUUCCUUGUCGUGAAGCCCAGCAGGUUUCCUGGUAUCGUCCGUACUGGCUAAAGGCCUAUUUCUCGCACCCGAUGGUAGCCACGGCGGUCAUCAUCCACUUGGCGGCAGACGGGACAACAAUUUUUGACUCAGUGCAACAUCAGACACAAUGCAACAUCUCUGUGCAGCUGGUGGACACCAAGGACAAGCUUCACAGCUUAGGUAACUGGCGUCUGAGCUGCCGCACCAACCCUUUGGUGAUCCCUGUGAGUCAUGACCUCAGCAUGGCUUUCUACCACACAAAAGCUAUCCUCCUGAUUUUCCGCUGCCCGUUGGUGGCCAUCUCUGGUGUGGGUCUGCGUUCCUUCCAGUUCUUCGACCCUAUCACCAUCAGCAGCUGCCAGAGCAAUGAGAUCUAUAACCCCAUGGGCCAAAGUUGCGUUCAUUACUCCUGCGAGGCCAUCGACUGCCAGGAGCCGAAGGUCCGCAAUGCAGAGCUGCGAUGUACCGGCGGCUUUUUCAACGGCGCCCGAUGCACUGUCACAUGCAACAGUGGCUACGUGCUGCAGAUCCACCGGGACGAUGACCUCAUCAAGAGCCAGUCAGGAUCUACAGUGACCAUCACCUGUACUGAUGGCAAGUGGAACAAGCAGGUGUCCUGUGAACCUGUCGACUGUGGCCUCCCUGACAAGUACCAUGUCCACCCUGCCAAUUUCUACUUUCCUGAGGGCACCACCUAUGGCAAGAAGUGCACCUUCCAGUGCAGAGAACCUGCUCAGCUUGUGGGAACUAAUAACACCCUGACAUGCAUGGAGGAUGGCCUGUGGUCCUUUCCAGAGGCGUUAUGUGAGCUGCGUUGUCCUGCUCCUCCGGUCAUCCCCAAUGCUGUCUUGCAGACCAAACGCUGCAAUGAGACGGGUCUCAAAGUGGGCUCACUUUGCAAGUACAAGUGCAAGCCUGGCUACCAUGCCACCAACAAGCCCAAGAGGCGUGCAUUUAAGAUGCAGUGCACUGAAGAUGGCCGAUGGCUAGAAGGAUCAUGUGAGCCAGUGAUGUGUCCUCCACCUCCACCGGUCUUCCACGGCAUGUACCACUGCACUGACGGCUUCCUUUUUGACAGCAUGUGCUGGCUCCAGUGCCAGUCUGUCAACAGCACGACGAAGCCGUCUGCUCCCUGCAAGCAGCAGGGUCCACUCUCCAACAUGAUCCGCUGCAGGAAGGAUGGAAACUGGACCGGGUCUUUCCAGAUCUGUCCACAGCUAAAGGGUCAGUGUGCUUUACCGCGGAACCUUCACCCAGGCAUCCGGCUCAGCUGCAAGAAAGGACACGCCAUAGGAGCAGAGUGUGAGCUUUCAUGCAGGGACAUGAACAGUGAUGUGGUCAUCCUGCCUGACAACAUGACAGCUAGCGGUGUUCUGGAGCACCACUGGAUGAACCCACCCAAAGUCACGCAUAUAACAUGCACCAUGGGCCUGAAAUGGUUUCCCCAUCCUGAGGUCCUCCACUGCAUCAAAGGCUGUGAGCCAUUCCAGGGUGACAAUUACUGCGAUGCCAUGAACAACAGAGCAUACUGCAACUAUGAUGGAGGAGACUGCUGCCAGUCCACUGUCAAGACUAAGAAGGUGAUCUUCUUUCCAUCAUCGUGCGAUCCGCAGACCGAUUGCGCCUGCCGGGACCCGAAAGCACCAGAAAACAGGAAAGAUGAGCACGUGUACUCUCUGGGCUGAGAGAAAAGAGUGCAGCCAUGGAAAGCCCAGCUAUAGACUGGGUUCAAGCAAGAUAUUCUUCCAGAUAUGCUGCUUCACAAGUGUACCUCUCCUGUCCUGUCUCACUCUUCCAUGUCAACGUGUCUCCCUGCUAUCAUCUGUCACGUCUUGGAAGGUCUACCCAUUUCCAACUCAUUGGGAAGAAGAAAAAAAGGAUAAAGCAAAAGAAGACAGGUGUGGGUAUGAGAAUAAACCCAUGUGUAGUAAAGAAGGAAUGUUUUUUUUUUCUCUCAUCAAACUAGAAAAAAGAGGAUCGAUUCCGGUUUGCAUGCCUAUCUGUGCCAGCUUUCAGUGUUCACGGCUAUUUUGCUGAAGUUUGUUCAAAGUUGAUGAUGGAACACAAAAUCAGAGGAAGCUUUUAGGAGAAAUUUGCAGUCUUGAAACCCCAAGGGCUUAGAUUUUUUUGCUGAUUUUUUUUUUUUUAUCAAAUUUUUUUAAUUGAUUCUAGAUUGCAAAAGGGGACUAAUGAUGUCCCAGAAUACAGGGUGUAUACCAGGGGUAGGAACACGUCCUGCAUUAACAAGUGCGUUUCCUUGAGAAUUAAGUCUUGAUUCAAGGUACAGUACAAAGGACCUAAAAGUUCGCAGGUAGUUGUUUUGGGGGAGAAAAAAAAUCAGCAUCGUAAACCGAAACAAUGUCUAAAGCUAUUGCUAAAAUUCUAUCGCAAGUCUUUAAAUAUAACAAUGUAUUUUCAACCCUUUCGACCCAAAACCAACACGAAAGUGAACUCGCCAUCUUGCUGCUACUCCUGCUGCUACAUUGCCAUCAUGGCCAAUUUCUUUUUUUUUUACACAGCUUGAGUUCUGACUGCCUCAACAGUUACCUCAAGAUGCCAGACUCAUCCAAAAGAUGUAUGACAUCAAGAAUGCAGAUUUAACUUCUGAAUGUAGGGUUAGCACGUUCAGACGUAUCACCAGCGUCGGAAAGUCUGAAAUCUUUGAAUUUGCCAAAUUAACGUUGAUUUAGUUUUCUGUCAAAAUCUUGUCCACAGUGUAUUCGCGUACAUGUGCCAAAUUCCCUACACCAGCAAUUCUCAAACAGGGGUCCAUGCACUACAGCCAGGAAUUAACAUUUCACCAGUUAUAUUAUAUUUAUUACAGAGUUCUUAUAGUACACAGUUGGACUCAAAAACAAGUCGAAUAACGUUGUCGAACUGUGGCUCAAAAAAAAAAAAAAAAAAAGACUACUUACUUACCCUCUCCUAUUCAUGCUUAUAAGCAUUGAUCUGAGUGUGAGGAAGUAGCACCAUUCCAUUCCAUUCCACCCAACAAGUUUUGUGUUUUUUGGAUUCCCGGCUGUGGCAUCACAGGAUCGACGCAGGAUUUAAACUUGUGAUGAUCCUAGAUCUCUAUACUUAGGUCCAAACUAGUAUUGAACCAAUGAUUAGUUUUUUGCAGCUGGAUGCUCGAUCCAUACUCGCACCACGGUAUAGCGAAAUGAUUCUCAUUUUUAAGGUUUCUUAUGUCCACAUCUGGACACUUUUCCAGCUGCUGCUUCAUAGCAGUACGCCAAAUUAGCAUGCCUGUCUACUCCGUUUAGUACAGUUACAUAUUAGUAUUAGAAAAUGUUUGAUUUUUACAGUCCAAACCUUCCAUUCAGCCGGUCUCUUCACCCUGCAUCUGAAAUCCAGCUUCCCAAAGCACCGUAUGGCUCUAAACAAAAAACUUCAGGAAAGGCAUGGAUGAAAGCGGCACAGAUCCCUUAGGCAUAGCAAAACCAAGGAAGUCAUUUGAGGUGAAUGUCAUUGUAAAUACUACAUAGAGGCUUAUCAAGACAAUGAUUGUUUGUUUGUUUUUUUCAUAGCGCUUCUAUUAGUUGGGGAAAAAAAAAACUUCCAUUUACUUCAUUUAUAUUUCUUAAAAAAAGAGAAAAUUACAGAAAAAAAAAAUCUAUGUAUUGGUAAUCAGUAUUUGUAUUAAUGACCUCAGAUACUGCACUUUUGAGUAGCCAUUAAAGGGAAAGACUCCAAACUUUUAGAGUAAAAAAAACGCUGCUAUUGUAAAAUGUUGAAUUUAAAAACACACACACACACACACACACACACACACACACACACAC